AUGGAUGACAUAUUAAUAGCAUCCAAUGACAUGAAUGCUGUUGAAGAACUCAAGUUAUUUCUAGACAGCAAAUUAAAGGAUCUAGGACCUUUAAAAUAUUUUUUAGGCAUCGAGAUAGCUAGAUCAGCUAAUGGGAUUUCACUUAGCCAAAGAAAAUAUGCACUGGAGAUUCUUGAGGAUAGUGGGAUGUUGGGGAGUAAAAUGCAAAAGUUUCCAAUGGAGCAGAACUUAAAACUAAGCAAAAUAGAAGGGACUUUGCUUGAUGAUCCAGCAGCAUAUAGAAGGCUAGUUGGUAGAUUAAUAUAUUUGACCAUCACAAGGCCUGAUAUCUCCUACUCGAUACAAGUUCUUUCUCAAUUCAUGGAUAAGCCUAGACAUACACAUCUUGUAGCAACAAAUAGGGUGCUGCAGUACAUCAAGGGGACUCCUGGACAAGGCAUUUUUUUGUCCUCUAAAUCAAAGCAGCACCUAAAGGCCUUUGCAGAUGCAGACUGGGCAGGUUGUGUUGACACCAAAAGAAAUGUCACUGGUUUCUAUAUCUUCCUUGGAGAUUCACUGAUUUCAUGGAGAUCUAAGAAGCAAACGACUAUCUCUAGAAGCUCUGCAGAGGCAGAGUACAGAUCUAUGGCAUCAACAGCUCCAUUUGUAUCCAAUGGUUCUGAUUUCUCCCAAUGGAAAUCCUUCUCGACACAGAAACUUGGGAGAACCAUGCGGAGGUUUUUGCUCGGUUUCCUUUCACUGGUGACUCUCUGCUCUUCUUUGCCUGUCGCCCCUAUUAGAGCUUCUUUUCCGAGAUCGCUUCCUCCACACUUGUUCUACCUGUCAAGUAGGGGAUAUUUCAGUGCUGCCCGAUCCCUUCCACCUCGAGUGGAGUGGCAAUCUUCUAUGCUGUGA